UCAUCAAGAGCCCCCCUGGCUGGGAGGUGGGUGUCUACGCUGCAGGGGCCCUGGCACUGCUUGGAAUUGCAGCUGUGAGUCUGUGGAAGCUCUGGACGUCGGGGAGUUUCCCCAGCCCAUCCCCGUUCCCUAAUUAUGACUACAGGUACCUGCAGCAAAAGUAUGGAGAGGUCUACGUGGAGGCCAAGCUGAAGAGAGUCCCUCCAUGGAACACCCAGCGGGCCACUGCUAGGGAACCACCCAGCCGCAAAGGCAGCCUCAGUAUAGAGGACACCUAUGAGAGCAUCAGUGAGCUGGGACCUCUGGAGCUGAUGGGCCGGGAACUGGACCUGGCUCCGUACGGUCCUCUCCGCAAGUCUCAGUCGGCCGACUCUCUGAACUCCAUCUCCUCUGUGAGCAACACCUUCGGGCAGGAUUUCACCCUGGGCCAGGUAGAGGUGGGCAUGGACUAUGAUUCAGGCUCCCACACCCUCCGUGUGGCAGUGCUGCAAGGCAAGGACCUCCUGGAGCGUGAGGAGGCCGCCUUCGAGUCCUGCUUCAUGCCUGUCAGCCUGCUGCCAGACGAACAGAUCGUGGGCAUCUCCCGGAUCCAGAGGAACGCCUAUUCCAUCUUCUUCGAUGAGAAGUUCUCUGUCCCCCUGGAUCCCACAGCCUUGGAGGAGAAGAGCCUUAGGUUUUCUGUGUUUGGCAUCGACGAGGAUGAGCGGAAUGUGAGCACCGGGGUGGUGGAGCUGAAGCUGUCCGUUCUGGACCUCCCGCUGCAGCCCUUCAGUGGCUGGCUCUACUUACAGGACCAGAAUAAGGCCGCCGAUGCUGUGGGAGAGAUCCUGCUGUCCCUCAGUUACCUGCCCACAGCUGAGCGGCUGACUGUGGUUGUGGUGAAAGCCAAGAAUCUCAUCUGGACCAAUGACAAGACCACAGCGGAUCCUUUCGUCAAAGUAUACCUGCUGCAGGAUGGGAGAAAGAUGAGCAAGAAGAAGACGGCCGUGAAGAAGGACGACCCGAACCCAGUGUUUAAUGAAGCCAUGAUCUUCUCUGUACCAGCCAUUGUGCUGCAGGACCUCUCUCUCCGAGUGACAGUGGCUGAGAGCAGCAGUGACGGCCGUGGGGACAACGUGGGCCACGUCAUCAUUGGGCCAGCGGCCAGUGGCAUGGGCACUACACACUGGAACCAGAUGCUGGCCACGCUGCGCAGGCCUGUGUCCAUGUGGCAUCCAGUCCGGCGAAACUAACAGCAGAGACAGGCCAGGUGGGCAGCAGAGCCACCGGAUCCUGGUACCAUCUCAGUUCUCUCCAGCGAUGCCCUCUCCAUAGUCAGCUGGAGCUGUGGACACUGGGGCUGCCCCACCUCCCGGGGGGUCCUUGUCAGCCAUCUUGGAUCCUCUGUCCAGACUGUCAUGGGAGAAGGGGUGUGGCUCUUCAUCUGGGGACCCAGGGUAAUUUCCCCACAGAGGACUACCUGCAGCUGGCCAGAGACCUAGCAGACUGAACAACUGUGUACUAAAGAACCUUAGGAAGUAUGUCCCUUAGCCUGCAAAGGGACGUGGGCUUCAGAGAUGGCCAACUCCCCUUCUGCCAUUCUCCUAGAGGCCAGCUGCUAAUAAGUCUUGAGGGGCUGGUGCCUAUACCAACAGGGCCAACAUUACCAAGAUGCAGUACCCAGGAUGCCAGGAAGUCAAGAUGCUCCUCUCCCAUCCAGGUUGAUGGACUCAGUGUCAAGUAACAGCUCAGGCAAAUGAACGUGGGAAGGAGCCCUGGGGUCUAGGGGAGCAGGGAGGAUCUCUUGAACAAGGAAAAUGCACCCCACCUUUACCAUGGGGGUAGUGGAGGUUGUGGUGAACAGUGAACCAAUAAAAAGGGACACGAACUAGCCCAUCCCGAACACAGACUCUACACACUGCAGUUGGGACAAGAAAACGCCAGGAGACCAGAGUCAGCACAAGCCCAUGGGCCACAUGAAGGCCUCCCUGACCAUCCCUGAGAGAACCCGAAGUCCCCAGGGGCCCAGAUCCAGGCCCCUGUAUCCAAUGCAAAUCCCAGAUCCACUGGUGUUGGCUGGUGUCCCUCCAGGCCAGUCUCUCUUGAAGCUGUCAGGCAGGUCUAAAUGCAACCCUAGGAAUACUCUUAGGUCACUUAGGUCAAGUUCCCCUAAAACAGAGACAGCAGGGUUAGCCAGCCUUAGUCUGGAGCCAGUAGGAACUCUGGGGGAAAUGGUGUUCAGAAGCAGGGGGCAGGGAUGUACCAGAAUCGUUCUUGGGCUCCCACCUGGUCAGUCAGUGAGAGGAUCACACCACACAGACCCCGCCCGGUGUCAUAAGGGAGGUGGUGGCUGUCCUGCCAUAAAGGCAGUCCCAGAGAAGUGGCAGCUUUUGGCUCCUUCUCUCUGGCACCUGCACAUUUAAAGGGAUAGUGGGCCUGGGGGUGGUAGGAAUGGGGCUCAGGUAACCCUCUAGUCCUUGGCCCUAAUGAUCGUGGAGACCUAGCUCCAAGCAGGUCUGAUCAGUUUGGGUCAGUGACAAGGAGAAGGGUGGCUAGAAUAGGGACCCAGAUCAACAGGACUGUAGGCAGGCCACCUGCCACAUCUAGACCCCGCUGGAGCCGGGCUUCUCAUCCUGUGGCCCCUAUGAACAGGUGAAAACUGGCCGGGGCUACUGGUGGCUGGGCCAGGCCUUGUCAUCUGGGAGCCCCAGACUCUUUCUAAUCCAACGUCUUUGCAGAGCUGACCACAUCCCCCAGCCUCCAUCCCCUUGCUCCUUCCUUCUAUACUGCAUGAAACGUUGACAGUGUGCCAGGAUGGCUCGUGGUGGGAACCAAGAGUGCUGUCUGGAAUGAUUCUUGAACAAAAAUAAAACUGGGACAGGAA